CAAGAAAGAACAAUGCCAGUUACCAGAAGCGCAAAAUCAUACCCCGUGAAUACCCAAGAAUCCUCGUCCACUGCUCCAACCUGUUCGACGGGCACUGACACGAUCACGGGGACCGAAAAGACCGCUACAACUUCAAAACACCGGCGGAAGUAUACAACGGGGCAAGAACACCAACUAAAAGGGAGGCGCUACGCACUGCGAUGUCCAUAUUUGAUCCAUUGGGCAUCGCCACUCCAGUCACCAUACAAGCGAAGCGCAUCAUACAAGACACGUGGCGCUCGGGCAUCGAUUGGGACACCCCGUUAGAAGCGCCCGAAGCGGACGCCUGGAGCAGAUGGCUGGAAGAUGUACGACGACUCGCCAAGAUAAAAGUACCGCGCUGCUAUAUGAAACUUAGUCACGCGCGCGGCAUCCAGUUACACACAUUCGUGGACGCAAGUUCAACGGCAUACGCGGCCGUCACCUAUUGGCGUGUAGAAGACGAAGAUGGCAACAUACACGUCUCACUCAUCAUCGGCAAGGGGAAAGUAGCUCCGUUGAAGGUGAUCUCCAUACCACGACUAGAGCUGCAAGCUGCCGUGCUGGGUUGCCGUCUUACACAGACCGUCGUCGACGAGCAUCAAUUUAAACCGACGAGCCGCUACUACUGGACAGAUUCCCGCACGGUGCUGACCUGGAUACGCAACGGACCGCGAGUUUAUAAACCGUUCGUAGCGCAUAGAGUGGCGGAGAUCGCUGAACACACUAAAACGAAAGAAUGGAGAUGGAUACCCACCAAAAUGAACGUCGCAGACGACGCCACCCGCGACGUGCCACACGACUUCGACUCUAAUCAUCGAUGGUACAGGGGGCCGGACUUUCUAUAUAUGUCGGAAGAAAAUUGGCCUCAAGAGGAAGUCACGGACGUCAACGUCACGGAUGAAGAACGGGUCCACCUCACCACAGGCGUCGGCGCGCGACUGAAGGAAGCUCUACCCGUAGUAACUCGUUUCUCAAGUUGGAUACGCCUCAUGCGGACCACAGCGCGCGUACUACAGUUCAUAGACAGGCUACGGACGCGCACACAACGAUGCGCCGCUUUAAGGAAGAGAACGAGGAAAAAUGCCGACGCCGACCCUACUUGGCGAAAAAAUAAUACAGGAAGACGCCAGUAUCCGGUUCAUCAAGUGGAGAUACAUACCGCCGAGCGCACCGUUCAUGGGAGGAGCAUGGGAGCGUCUGAGCACACCCUCAACAGCCGCCCUCUCACCCAUGUAUCCACUGCUCCAGAAGACGAGAACCCCCUGACUCCGAACCACUUCCUACUGGGGGGUCCCUCACGAGUACCACUGCCUGGAGCCUUCACGGACACAGACAUCGAUGGGCGCAAAAUCUGGCGGACCAGCCAACGACUGGCCGACAUGUUCUGGUCACGCUGGAUAAAAGAAUACCUCCCUGAUCUCCAGCACAGACGAACUCCGAGAGCCACCAACGGCGCGCUACAAUUGGGAGACUUGGUGUUCAUAGCCGACGGGACGCUACCACGCAACACCUGGCCCCGCGGCAUCAUUGUGGCUACAUACCCAGGCCCCGACGGAGAAAUAAGGGCGGUCGACGUGCGGACAAACAGAGGAGUUCUGCGCCGUCCUACAAAGAAGCUGGUAAUCAUUGCAACGGGAGGCAACGAGACAACGAAGCGCGAACCCUAG